CGGGACAGCUGUUACCAAUGCAAUCGUUGACGCAUCGUCGAAAGCGAGGGGCUCCUUCAACAGUAGACAUGGAGGAGAGAAGUCUAAUUGAUGAAGGAGACACCAUCCUCAACAAGAAGGCGGUUUAUGAGCCAUCUAGUUCACAACGCUGUCGCCAGCUGGUUUGUAGUAGAAGCUGGGCUGUCACUAUCCUCAUCGUCAUGGGCCUCUUCCUGGUCCUCAUCGCCAUCAUUGCCUCCUUCGCUCGACCACAAACUCUUCCCUGCACACCGACCAACACUGUCACAGAGGCGGUCACAACCCCUGCCCCUAAAGCACAAACAUACAUCGCAACAAACGGGAAGGAGUUUCCAUGGAAAGAUAUCCGACUUCCAAAAAGCAUCAUUCCUGAAUCCUAUGACAUUCUAAUGCAUCCAAACAUAUCCCAGUCUACUUUCAAGGGCAGAAUUAUCAUAAAAGUUCGAGCUACUUCUCCAGCAGACUUUGUAGUGUUUCAUAUCAAGGAGUUGAACGUCACCCACUUUGACGUGACAUCUCUGAAGGAUGGGGAGCCCAUACACACCACCGAGUAUCUGGAGUAUAAGCAGGGCCAGCAGUUCUACAUCAAGCUGGGACGGAGUCUGGAGGUGGAUGAGGAAGCGGAGGUCACAGUCAAGUUCGAGGCCUUGCUUGUCAAUAAGCUAGUCGGCUUUUAUAAAAGUUCUUACACGACGUCAACAGGUGAAACAAGGGAUAUCGCAACAACCCACUUUGAGCCGACAGAUGCUAGAGCAGCGUUCCCAUGCUUUGAUGAGCCGGAGCUGAAGGCGAACUUCACGCUGAACAUUGUGCGAGACAAACAGCACAUAUCACUGUUUAACAUGCCCUGAUGGAGUAAGAAGACGGAGCAAUAUGACAACACAGGUCUGCUACUAGACAACUACGACACCAGUGUGAAGAUGAGCACCUACCUUGUCGCCUUUGUUGUGUGUGACUUCGCUAACAUCUCUAAAACUACCUCUGAUGGAGUGAAGGUGAGCGUGUAUGCUCCGAGUGAGCUGAUCAGCCAAGCAAACUUUGCCCUGGACGGAGCUGUGUCGGUCCUAGAAUACUACAACUCCUUCUUUGGUGUCAAAUACCCUCUGCCCAAACAAGAUCUGAUAGCCAUUCCUGACUUUGCUGCUGGUGCCAUGGAGAACUGGGGGCUGAUCACAUACAGAAUGACAGCCAUUUUGUAUGACCCCAAUGUGUCGUCGCUAGGCAACAAGCAGUGGGUAGCAACAGUUGUUGCCCAUGAGUUAGCACAUCAGUGGUUUGGGAACCUGGUCACCAUGGAGUGGUGGGACGACCUAUGGCUGAAUGAGGGCUUCGCCAGCUACGUUGAGUACAUCGGUGCAGAUCAGAUCAACCCAGACUUCCAUAUGCAUGACCAGUUUGUGACAGAGGACCUCCUGUCAGCCAUGUACCUCGACAGCAUGAGCAACUCUCACGCCAUCCAUGUCCCCGUCGACAACCCUGAGGAGAUCAAUGAGAUUUUUGACAAAAUCUCGUACAGCAAGGGCGGGUCAGUGCUGCGCAUGUUGAGGAACAUCCUGGGACAGAGCAAGUUCAAGGCCGGACUCACUCACUACCUGACCAUCCACAAGUACAACAACGCUCGCACGGACGACCUCUGGGCAGCUCUCCAGGAUGCUAACCCGAACCUACACGUGGACAUCAAGGCCGUGAUGGACACAUGGACCAAACAGAUGGGGUACCCCGUGGUGACCGUGAAACAGACCGGGACUCUCCUCUCCCUCACACAGGACCGCUUCCUCCUCAACGCUGCUCACACUAACGAUGCCGUCCCUAGCUCUGAUUUCAAGUACAAGUGGUACAUCCCCCUCACUCUCGUCACCAGCGCCGACAACCAGACUCACCAACUCACCUGGAUGAACAUGACGUCAGCUGAGACGACGGUGCCCCCAAAUAUCAAGUGGAUUAAGGCCAACUCCGGCAUGAACGGCUUCUACCGCGUCAACUAUGAUGCAGCCAACUGGCAACACCUUAUCAAGCAGCUCAUGGACAAUCACAAGGUCUUCACGGCAGCUGACAGAGCAGGUCUUAUCGAUGACGCCUUCAGCCUGGCAAGGGCCGGUCUGGUGAGCCAGAAGGUUGCCUUGGACCUGACAUUGUACCUGGACAAGGAGGUGGAGUAUGUGCCGUGGAAGGCAGCGCUCGACAACCUGGCCUACAUCGAGGGCAGGAUCAUCUUCAAGGAAGUAUACACAAGUUUCAAGGCCUACAUGCUGAAACUGAUCAAGAACCGUCUGACAGCGCUGCAGUGGACCGAUAGUGGAUCUCACCUGGAGAUGUUCCUGCGAAGUAACAUUCUCAGCUGGGCAGUCCGACUUGGCCAUCAACCAUCCAUCGACAAGGGCAAGGAACUCUUCAAGCAGUGGGUGGAGGACCAUACAAGUAUUAGCCCUGACCUGAAGAAUGUGAUCUAUAUGACGGGCAUCAAGUACGGCACGGACAAGGACUGGAAGGCGUGCUGGAAGGUGUACGAGGAGACUAAUGUGCCAUCCGAGAAACAGAAGAUGUUGGUGGCCAUGUCAUACAGUACGGACACACGGCUGCUCAACCAGUACCUCGGCUUCAGCCUCAACAAGUCCAAGGUUCGGUCCCAGGACACCGAGAGGGUCAUCACGUCUAUUGCAGCCAACCCCAGCGGCAAGCUCUGGGCCUGGAGGUUUCUCCAGCAGAACUGGGAAACAUUCAGUGAAAGGUACAAGGAAGGUUCUUUUGGGAUGUCUCACCUCAUCAAGGGUGUUGCGUCUCACUUCAGUACACAGUUCGACUAUGACGAGGUACACAAUUUCUUCGCCAAGAGGGAUGCUGGGUCCGGAACCAGAGCUGUGAAACAGUCGCUGGAGAAAAUACAGAUGAACAUUGAUUGGCUGGAGAAAAAUGAAGCAGAGGUCACGGAUUGGCUGAAUCAGCAUUCAAGCUGAAGUUUGUAGAAAAGAUUGAGAGUCAAAAGUUUUAUCGAAAGUCUUACGUGAUAUGUUUUAAUCAUGUAAUUAAUAUCAAUCUUUGAAGCUUUAUUUCAAAGAGAUUUAUAUUUCUAAACAGGGGUGAGGGAUAAUCUGAUGGAUAAUGAACUCAAGCAUCAUGACCAGGCCUGGGUUCAGUACCACACAUGGUACAAUGUAAUGUAUGGUGUGUUCUGCCAUAAUGGGAUCUAAUUUUAACAAAAUAUGUGAUAAGGCCAGACCAAUUUUAUUUCUUGUUUUACAGAUUUUUGUCCUCAGAAAACCUAAAGCAGGAGGAAAAA